UAGCUUCUCAAGAACGCAGCCGCGGAAAACACAUUUUGCCGCCAAAAUGAUUCAUCCGUCGUUUUAAAACAACAAUAAGUGGAAGCGAAGCAGUAAUGAGUGAGGAGAGACAGAGAGAAAAUCGGUAAAAAUGGAAGAAGUCGAAAAUGAUGAAGUUUCUUUGGUGUCUAUCUCUAGCGAUUCUAGUGAUUCUAGUGACGAUUACAUCGGAGAUGUCGAAGAUGAUGAUGAAGAAGAAGACGGUGGACAAUCUCCUGUUGAUUCUCCUCCUUCUGAUGAAACUCGGAAAUCCCAAAAUGUUGAUGCCCUCGUAAGAGGUAACCUUGUUGUUAAAAGGCAACCAUUGAUUCCUAAAGUUCUUUCAGUAUCAGAUGGUGCAGCAAUAGCUAGAAAACCGUUCAAGCCUCCUUGUUCGAGUGGGUACAGUGAUCAGAAAGAACAGCUUGUUCGUCGUUUAUGGGCUCGUAAAAGAUUUGUACCAUGGGGUUCAUCAAGACCAGUGGUAAUUGGAAUAAGCAACCGUACGGAUAACCCAAGUGCUGAGAAAGACACUCCGGAGCCAAGUGUGACUCUGCCUGAAGGAAUAGAGCCUUUGGUGUUAUGGCAAUCUGAAGAAUCCGGAGAGGAGUGUGUGAUUUCUAUCUCGAUAAUGGUAGAUCCAGUGCUUGUUGGUUUCCUCCGUCCUCAUCAGCGUGAAGGUGUUCAAUUCAUGUUUGAUUGUGUAUCUGGGGUAUGUGCUCCUGGUGUUUUUGGAUGCAUUCUAGCUGAUGAUAUGGGUUUGGGGAAAACUUUACAGUCAAUCGCAUUACUGUAUACUCUUCUUCGGCAGGGAUUUGAUGGAGAGCCCAUGGCUAAAAAGGCAAUAAUUGUCACUCCUACCAGCCUUGUAAGUAAUUGGGAAUCUGAAAUUAAAAAAUGGGUCGGAGAUAGACUACAACUUAUUGCUCUUUGUGAGAGCACCAGGGAUGAUGUUGUUUCUGGAAUAGACAGUUUCAUUAGACCGCGCAGUCCAUAUCAGGUGCUAAUUGUUUCCUAUGAGACAUUCCGAAUGCAUUCGUCAAAAUUUGAUAAAAGUGGAUCCUGUGACCUCCUUAUUUGCGAUGAGGCACACCGACUGAAGAAUGACCAGACACUAACAAAUCGGGCAUUAGCUGGUCUUUCAUGCAACCGACGCGUAUUAUUGUCAGGGACUCCGAUGCAGAAUGAUCUGGAAGAGUUCUUUGCAAUGGUUAAUUUUACCAAUCCAGGAAUCUUGGGGGAUGCUGCAUAUUUUCGACGAUACUAUGAGUCACCGAUCAUUUCUGGAAGAGAACCUACAGCAACAGAAGAAGAGAGAAAUCUUAGUGUUGAGCGAUCUGCUGAAUUAAGCACAAAAGUAAAUCAGUUUAUUUUGAGGAGGACCAAUGCUUUGCUAUCAAAUCAUCUACCGCCAAAGAUAGUUGAAGUUGUCUGUUGCAAAUUGAGUCCUCUUCAGUCGGAGUUAUAUAACCAUUUUAUACAUUCCAAAAAUGUUAAGCGAGCAAUAUCUGAAGAGGCGAAACAAUCAAAAAUUUUGGCAUAUAUCACUGCUUUGAAAAAGCUUUGCAAUCAUCCUAAGCUUAUCUAUGAUACAAUCAAAAGUGGGUCAGGAACGUCGGGAUUUGAGGAUUGCCUUCGCUUUUUUCCUCCUGCAAUGUUUUCUGGAAGAUCUGGAGCAUGGACUGGUGGUGAUGGGAUUUGGGUUGAACUUUCUGGGAAAAUGCAUGUUUUAGCUCGGUUGCUGGCCCAAUUGCGUAGCAAAACUGAUGACCGUAUUGUCCUUGUUUCCAACUAUACUCAGACUCUGGACCUCUUUGCACAAUUGUGUCGGGAAAGAAGAUAUCCACACUUGAGGCUUGAUGGAACCACCUCUAUCAGUAAAAGACAGAAAUUGGUAAACUGUUUUAAUGAUCCUUCAAAGGAUGAAUUUGUCUUUCUCUUAAGUAGCAAGGCUGGUGGUUGUGGGCUUAAUUUGAUUGGUGGAAAUCGCCUUGUCUUAUUUGAUCCAGAUUGGAAUCCUGCAAAUGACAAGCAAGCUGCUGCAAGAGUCUGGAGGGACGGGCAAAAAAAGAGAGUUUACAUCUAUCGGUUUUUGAGUACUGGAACCAUUGAAGAAAAGGUCUAUCAGCGUCAAAUGUCAAAAGAAGGGCUUCAAAAAGUCAUUCAGAAAGAGAAAGGGGAUAAUCUGAAGUCACAGGGAAAUGCUCUUUCGACUGAAGACCUACGGGAUCUUUUCAGCUUUUAUGAAAAGUCCAGGUCUGAAAUUCAUGAAAAUAUGAACUGCAGUCGUUGCGAAACUUGUGAGUUAGAAGAUAAUGCUCCUGAAAUCGCAAGACAGGUUGAAGAUGGAGCAGCAAGUCAGGAUGACCAAGGUGAUAUAGGUGGAUUUCAAGAGAUAUCUGGUUGCUUGGAUAAGUUAAAAAGCUCAGAGAAACAGUUGGGAACUCCACUAGAAGAAGACCUCGGAAGUUGGGGGCAUCAUUUUCUCUCGGCAACGGUACCUGAUUCAAUUCUUCAAGCUUCUGCAGGUGACGAGGUCACAUUUGUUUUCACAAACCAAGUAGACGGAAAGCUUGUACCAAUCGAGUCAAUGCGUUCAACCCCCAGAGGAGCAGAAGGAAACAAAAUCCAUGCUGUUACAAGGGUGAUCCAAAACCAGAAAUCGACGUCAUUCUUGCGGCAACAUGCACAACCAAGUCCAGCAAUCUCAUCCACUGUAAAUUCUAAUUCAAGCUGUAAGACAACACCAGGUUUGUCCAGACCUUCAUUAAAGGGACCUACGAAAUUCACAAAAAUGUCCACACAAAGUACUACACCUAUACCAACAAAACCUAGAACUAGUUUUGGGAAACAGUUACCCCUUAAGAGAUUAUCGUCGCAUUCCGAUGAUCAUGAUGAUGAUUUUAUGUAAAAUAAUCUUGGCAAUUUUUUUCUUUCUUCACUUUUAACACAUCUCAAGCUUGAAACAAAGAAAAGGCUGGGCACACAUGGGUAAGAUCCAUUAGAUUUUACAGUCUGAUUUGAUCCUCUCUCAACACCUUAUCAGAUUCAUACGAGGGCACAUUGGCUAUUCUGUCUGUACUAUGUAUAUGUAACUAGCAAUUAAUCUGAGAGUAGGUUUGUAUUUUUCACAA